AUGUCUAGCAAGCCAGGAGAGGAGUUUGAAGUUCGCCAGACUUCGACAUCUGAGGACUACACUCCCGACCCCUCAAAGUCCAUCAAGCUCAGCCCUCAACGUCAGGCUCUGAUUGACGACAUUAUCGCUCUUUACAGCUGCGAGCCUACUGUUAGACGUGUGGAGCGUUACACCCCAGACUGUGUUUAUGAUGACCAGUUUGUCUACGCCAACGACCGCUACAAGAUGGCCGGACAAUGGUUCGCUCUUCCCAAGCUGUUUAAGGCCAGCAAGAACGAACGCUACGAGAUUAUCAAGAACGACAGAGACUUGAUCCAGUUCAAGAACGAGCAGUCAUGGACGUUCAAGGUUAUUCCCAAGACCGCCACCAUCAACGCACUCGUCUCCUUGUCUCUCGACCCCGACACUGUGGACUCGGACUUUAUUCAAGUCAAGUACCACAAGGACCAGGCAAACGACAAGGACUACUCGCACGAGGGCUUAGGUUUUUCGUUCAAGAAGUGGCAAGCAGACAACGUUGUCAAGUUGAUGGACUCACCCGAGGUUGAGCACUUUGCCAAAGACAAGAACGCAGCCAAGACACCAGUCAACAAGUACGGCAGUGGAGAUGAGAAGGGCCAAGCUCCCAAGCAGAGCUUCUAA